AGCCCCCCUGUCUCUCCUGAGCUGGGAGUUUUGCAGAGAUCAGCAAGAAGAGAAAUCAUCAGAGACCAGGAAGAGCUGCAGAAGAGAGAGUGUUGGACUUGGUGACACAAGAGACAGCAGAGCUCCCUGCAGGCUCCUGUGUUCAGAGACAGCAAGCAGGGGGCGUGGAGCUCCUACCUAGACUGUAGCCAGUGACAUUGACAGCUCUUAUAUGGACUGAGAUGGCCUCAGAGCUGGCCAUGAGUGCAGAUUUACCAAACAGCCCUCUCGCAAUUGAGUAUGUCAACGACUUUGAUCUGAUGAAAUUUGAGGUGAAGAAGGAGCCCCCAGAAGCCGAGAGAUUCUGCCACCGCCUGCCCCCUGGAUCCCUGUCCUCCACCCCUCUCAGCACCCCCUGCUCAUCUGUGCCUUCUUCUCCAAGCUUCUGUGCCCCCAGCCCAGGGGCCCAAUCCAGCGUGAACCCCAACAACCCCAACCCUGCCAACAAGCCUCAGCUGGAGGACCUUUACUGGAUGUCUAACUACCAGCACCACAUCAACCCAGAAGCUCUGAACUUGACUCCAGAAGAUGCUGUGGAGGCACUUAUAGGCAAUCCUCACCACCAUCAUCACCACCACCAGGGCUAUGAUGCUUACAGGGGCCAGCAGUACCCUGGAGAUGAGAUGGCACCAUCUGGGCACCACCAUCAAGUCCACCACCAUCACCACCACCACAACCAUCACCUCAGGCUCGAAGAGAGGUUCUCAGACGAGCAGCUAGUAAGCAUGUCAGUGAGGGAACUUAACAGGCAGCUGAGGGGCUUCAGCAAGGAGGAGGUAAUACGCCUCAAGCAAAAGAGAAGGACCUUGAAGAACAGGGGCUAUGCCCAGUCCUGCAGGUACAAGAGGGUCCAGCAGAGACACAUUCUGGAAACAGAGAAGUGUCAGCUCCAGAGCCAAGUGGAGCAGCUCAAGCAAGAGGUGUCCAGGCUGGCCAAAGAGAGGGAUCUCUACAAAGACAAGUAUGAGAAGCUGGCCAGCAGGAGCUACACCACCAGAGAGUCUCCCCAACAGCCCAACCCUGGCAAAGGAUCUGCUGACUUCUUCAUGUGAAUCCCUGGACUGGGGGUCCAAGACCUCCUGCCCCAUCUUAUCCAGUGUGCAGAGGUGUAGAAGCUCCUGUAAAUAGAGGCUUUUCCAGGUAAUGGACCUAGAGUCAAAAUUACAAUAACUUAUGCAUUCUCUGUAAACUGUCUUCACCAGAAUCAUGAUACAUUGUAACCCAUUCACCAUGUACUGUGACUGAGACAAAAACAAGAUAAGAUGAUUUCUUUUAUUUUUCUUUCUUCCUAAAGUUUCCUUGGCUCUUAAUCACAAAAGACAUUAAACCUCCAAAUGCUACUUUGUAAAUAGGAUGCACCAGAGAUGGACUUUGGGGGAAUAAUGUACCCCCAUCAUCAUGCAGUUGGACUGCUUUGUGAGCCAGACAUGUAAGAAAAGAAAGUCUUAAAUAUUUGGUGAAUUCUUUUCCUUGUAUCCAGAGCAGGCGUAAAGGAAAACACAAGCAAUAUAAGGAGUUGUCAUAGUCAUUAAGUACAUUUACUCCAGAAGACAUGAGCAGUUUGUCCGGAACUAUGAAGAUAGGACAUUUAAAGCAAAGAAUUGAUCAAAACUGUGCAAUUACUUUGGGUCUUAAAGUAGACUUUUUAGCAAUCCUGCAUGCAGGUCAUGUAAGGCAAGCCAAUGUAUUAUUUUAUACUAGUCCACACAAGAAAGCAUGAUGUAGAUUUUCUUUUAUUUUCCUUUUUUUUUUUUGCUUGUUUACCUGUUUUCUGAAAAUCUUUUUUUUUUCUGAUGAGAAAAAAAAAUUACAUGGUCCGUGCAUCUUGUUAAUGACCCAAAAAAAACAAACAAACACUCAAAAGUCUUAACACAAUUUCCUGGACUAUACAUCCGAAAUGCAACCUAGCAGCUGAAAAAUGGGACGUGAAAAUAAACUUUUUAUCAAAGGACUUCCAAUGAAAAUAAAGGGACAGAGUGUAGCAGUUUUACUUACCCCAAUUCCCUAUCCCUUGUCUAUAUUUUAUUAUUUAAAAAAAUAAAACAGGAAUCCUGAGCCAGAUACAGUAUAUUGUUUAACCCUUUGAGUGAUGGUAGGGGUGGCAUUGAAAUGGCGCACGCACCCAUACCACACGCCAAGCGUUAAAGUGUCCACUUGUACAUAUUGUAGAAUUUAGUUCGUUUUAAUGACUUUUUUUUUCUGAGCCUAUAUUUUGCUUGGUGAUUUAAAGACGAAAGAAAAAAAAGAAAAAAAAAAUAAAACAAAAAAGUCUUAAGAAAAGUUUGUAUGUUACAGCAUGCAAAUACUAUUUAAAAUGAUUAAGCAAUUAAAUGUUAACGAGUUCAUGAUGAGCCUAAUGCACUAUAUAAAUGAAUCAAUUGGAUACGUCAUAAUGUUGUUUUAUAGAGAUUUAAAUAAAUUAUCUAUGCUGUUACAAUGUUGGUAAGAAACAUACAUUCUAAGACACCCUAAACGGGUAAUAUAGUAAUAUAUUAAUGAAUUAUUAGGCUGCUCUUAUUCUAUGCACCGUUUUAUUUAUGAAUUAACCCUUGGGAAACAAAUGUUAUUUAAAGUUUUAUUGCUUAUGCACAUUAUUUCAGAGAGUAAAAAAACAAAACAGUGAAUAAAAAUCAAUUUUCAAAACACUGCUUUACGUGAUCUAAAACACCAAUAAUUACUGAGACAAUGUACUGACGUAGCGGAUCUAGAAAUGAUCUCGCCUAUCAAUUUCCAGAUGUUCUGUGGGAUAUUUGAGCCAUGAAUUUGUGCAUUUACAGGCCUGAGUUUUGAAAACUUAUUAUUUUUAAAAUUUUUGUUUUUGCAUCCUUGCAAAAUCCGUGUAGCCGAGUCCACUUUUGUAUAACACUUCUCUUAAAACAGAUAUAGCUGUGGGAAAUGUCAGUAUUAUUAUAAGAAAAAUCCGUACGAAGAUUUGAGUUUCCUCUAAUUUUUAUGAAAUGUUUUCUUUCUCUUGGACCUCAGUGCAACUUCUUCCUGCGUUUCAUUUGCUACCAAAAUAAAUCUGUUUCGACAUUUA